UGGGACACUGUCUGUGGAUCUCUCUAACUAUCAUGCCUUUUUUGUUUUCAGUUUGUGAGAGUCGUUUACCUCAUGACCACAAUGGCUGCAUUCAACCUCAGCAGCUUUAAUCCAGGCUUUUUCAUCCUUCUGGGAAUCCCAGGGCUGGAGCAGUUCCACGUGUGGAUUGGGAUGUCCUUCUUCAUUAUCUACCUUGUGGCUGUCGCAGGCAACAGCAUCCUUCUCUACCUCAUUUUUAUGGAGCGCAGCCUGCAUGAGCCGAUGUUCUUUUUCCUCGCCAUGCUGGCUGCUACAGAUCUCAUCCUGUGUAAUACAUGUGUUCCCGAAACCUUCAGCAUAUUCUGGCUGGGUCCUCAGCAGAUCACGUUUCCUGGGUGUCUUACGCAGAUGUUUUUCCUCCACUUCAGCUUUGCCAUGGAUUCCGCCAUCCUGCUGGCCAUGGCAUUUGAUCGAUAUGUUGCUAUCUGCUUCCCCCUGAGAUACGCCACCAUCCUCACCCGUCAGACUAUUACCAGGACUGUGGUGGCGAUUACCAGCAGGAGCUUUUGUAUCAUCUUCCCAUGUGUGUUCCUGCUGAAGCGACUGCCCUUCUGCCGAGCCGUCCUCGUUCCCCACACGUACUGUGAGCACAUCGGCGUCGCUCGUCUGGCCUGCGCCGACAUCUCCGUCAACAUCUGGUAUGGCUUUGCAGUACCCGUAAUGACUAUCGUGUCUGAUCUUAUCCUGAUUGGCGUCUCCUACACUAUCAUUCUCCGUGCUGUCUUUAACCUUCCCUCCCGGGACGCCCGCCAGAAAGCCCUUAGCACAUGUGGUUCCCAUGUCUGUGUCAUGCUCACAUUCUACACACCGGCCAUAUUCUCUGUGCUCGCUCAUCGUUUUGGUCACAGUAUCCCUCAUUCCUUCCAUAUACUGUUCGCCAACCUCUACGUAGCCAUCCCUCCUGCCAUCAACCCAAUCGUCUAUGGGGUAAGGACUAAGCAGAUUCGGGACAAAAUCAAGCUCCCGUUUUUUCCCAAACUAAACCACUGACACGGCACUGGGUGCUUGGGAAGGAAAACAGUC